AUGUAUGUUCCUGGCAAUUCUUGUUCGUUCGAUGAACCAUGUCCCCUGUCGCAAGUCUACUAUGCCGCAAAAGUUAACGUCUCAAAAGUCCUUGCCUACAUCAUCUGCGUCCACGUCACUGAUUCAGACAGAUACGUCUGCGAGACAUUUCUCCAUCAAAUGUUACCCCAAAAGCCACUUCCUAUACAGAUGCAGCACCCUUGCGCAUUGCAUCAUCUCGGCGCCGCUGAGCCCAAGGUGCCUGCGACAGGCAUCAGGCUGAUCCAUCUGGUCGAGCUUGGUGAGGGAGGCCCUGCCAUCCUCCGUCGUCUACCGUACCGGGGUCUGACAGAUGCAGCAGCAGCAGCAAACCCCAUGACUUGUACCGACAUGGCAGGCGAAUGCACUGCAUGA